GUACGUAACUAGGACUGCUAUGAGGAUGGAACAAGCUCCUCCUGAAACUGUACCAACCUCUUUAAAGGCGUGCGGCAAAAAGAGGAUGCCACUUCCAAUCGUAGACUUGAACAGAUGCAUGAAGAUCGCUGCAUCCCUUGGUCUGUGCACGAAGGGAUCGUAAUCUUCCUCUUCGGCAACUUCCGGCCUCUUUCCAGGUGUCGUUCUCGUUUUUUCUUCCACUCCGGCAGUAGUUUGAUCCGGUUUUUGUGAGAGGGCGGAUGCUUUUCCGAGAGUUUCUGCCAUCGUGAAUUAAUCUACCGUUUAGCUGUUCCACGCGUUAAUGAUCCACGUGACUUCAUUUCGUUACUGGCGCCGAAAACGAGUGGUAAUCGUGUGACAUAAUAAAUAAAGAGUAAAGAGUUUGAACGGAACCGGUAACUAUGAGGGAAGUAACGUUAUCAAACUGUGAAAGAAAUUUCAUAAAUAAGGCGAUAGCCGAAGAUACGAGAUUGGAUGGCAGACAACUACUAGAAGCUCGUCCUGUUCAAAUCCACUUUGGCUCUGAUUGGGGAAGUUGUCAUGUGGCCCUGGGGAAUACUAAAGCGGUUGCCCAAGUAUCCUGUGACAUUCAGCAACCUAAGGCAGCUCGACCUAAUGAAGGCAUGCUACAUAUCAAUGUAGAACUAAAUCCUUUGGCUGCGCCAUAUUUUGAAGCUGGUAGACAGUCAGAGGCUGCGAUACAACUGAAUAGGCAAUUGGAAAAAUGCUUCAAGGAUUCAAAAUGCAUUGAUCUGGAGUCUCUGUGCAUUGUUGCAGAUGAAAAGGUUUGGAAUCUCAGAGUAGAUGUUAAUAUUCUCAAUCAUGAUGGGAAUCUUGUGGAUUGCGCAUCCAUUGCCAUACUAUCAGCUCUAGCACAUUUUCAUAGACCCGACGUAACCACCACUGGUGAUUCGAUCACUAUACAUUCAUUUGCAGAAAAAGAUCCUCUUCCAAUUACAUUACAUCAUUAUCCCGUAUGUGUUUCUUUCAUUGUGUUCGAAAGUGGUCAAAUUGUGAUGGAUCCUACAUACAUGGAAGAAAGAGUUGGUGCUUUCCAACUCACACUAGGACUAAAUUCAUAUCGAGAGCUCUGCAGUUUGCAUCUUUAUUGUUUGGGUAAGGCUUCGGUAGUUGAUGACACAGUACCAGCUGUUUCAUCUCACGCUGCCAAUUACGCCAAUACAAUAAUACAGCAGAUUAGAAAAGCUGUACAGCAAGACAUCCAGGCAAAAUAUAAAAAAGAAGACAACGACAUUUGUCGAUUGAAAGAAUGUAUUGCGGUUGGCAAAGUUACAGCAAUGACAAAUCCCAAACUCGCUAUCAAACUGUCGCAAUCAGCCGUUAGGAAAAAUAGCUUCAAUAGUGAAACGGAGACUAGUGACCAGCAGGAUGAUGAUGACGAUAUCAAAAUACUUGGAGAUGGAUCGGCCGAACUCAUUACCGAUAAGGGUAGCACCGUUGGACAAGGAGGGCGAAAUACUUGGCUGCCAUCUGAGCCCUCUGAAGAAGAAGCAGAGGGCAUCCAAUUGUUGCAAGAGGUCAAACCUCGAAAAAAUGUAUUGGAUGAUAUAGACUUGGGCGGGAGCAGCGAAGAGGAGGAAACUGAAACGCUGAAGAAGGAUGACAUAAUGUAA